AUGGCCGCGGCCGAGUCCCAGCAGCUCCAGUUCGCCUUGUUCCCGGCCGCGUACCGGGCGCUCGCCGCAGGACCUCCGCCGCCCCCGGGCCCCGCGGCCGCGCUGCCGCCCACGCCCCCGGCCUCGGCCCCGGCCCCGGUCCCGGCCGGCCCGCUGUCCGGAGCCCCGGGCUUCCCGACCGCCCUCCCCGGAGCCGCGGCGCCGCCCCACGCGGGCCUGGGGUCUCCGGCCGCCCGCCAAGCCUCGGCCGCUCCGUCGGCCCCGCAGCGGCGCAAGCGCACGGCGUUCAGCCCCGAGCAGCUGCAGCUGCUGGAGCUCGUCUUCCGCCAGACCCGGUACCCCGACAUCCACCUGCGCGAGCGCCUGGCCGCGCUCACGCUGCUCCCCGAGUCCAGGAUCCAGCAGUUUCCAUCUCCUGUCCUCCAGGUAUGGUUCCAGAACAGGCGAGCCAAGUCACGACGUCAGAGUGGGAAGCCCCCGCAGCCUUGCGCGAGGCCCGAGUCCUUCCUCCGCCGAUCCGCGCCUGGGGCGGGAGCAAGAUGCGGGAAGCCCCAGCCGCCGCUGGAGGGAGAUGCGAACUGCUUGCCCGACCCCAGUGCGGCUGGAGGGGCCAUCUCUGCCGCUGGGCCCCAGGGUCAGAAUCUCGAGACCUUUUCUCCUCUCUCUGAAGACAUUGGUUCAAAGCUGGACUCAUGGGAGGAGCACAUCUUUUCUGCCUUUGGUAACUUCUGA